UUUAUGUGGAAUCUGUCGAAAAAAAGGACAUAACAGAAACACAUGCCCAAGACAAUUUGGUAUCAAUACAGCAUUUUAUGAUGAUGGAGAUAUGGUAUUAAAUAGAAUAGGAAAAACUUUAGUACCCUGGCAAUCACAUAAAAUCGUUAGAAACAGACCUCCCGAAGGAAGAUCAUGUACAUAUUGUGGUGCGUUAGGUCAUAAUAAAAGAAAAUGUCCUUGGGCAAAUACUCAAGGUAGAAACUUGCAAAAUGUAGCUGGAAUCAGAGCUGCAGCAAAAAAAUAUUUUGAAGCACCAUAUUAUCCCUUACGAAUGUGUGGUUGGUGUGGCGCCAUUGGUCAUAAUAGAAAAAGUUGUUCUCUUCGUAAAGCUGAAGGAGAUAGGAUAGAUAACAAUCAUAAAAGAGCAUUAAUAGAGGGUCUUAAUAAAUUUAAAAAUAUAAUUGUAUUACCGAAUGUUUGGUUUGACAUUGAAUACAGACCUUAUUACCGACUAUAUCAUAGACCCAGACAAAUUCCAUAUAGACCAUACAGGCCAAGAAGAAGACGUGUACCAAACUACAUAGCCGCUUGCGGAUGUUGUUGUGGUGAAAAUCAUGCUAGAGAUGAUCCAAACACCCCUUGUCGAAAUCAAAACUGUAUCAAUCCUAGAUUGGUAAGAUCACUUAGAGAACAAAGGUUAUAUUAUAUUGAAAAUGGAAUUCAAAUGCCAAAUAACAUAG